AUGGCAUUGCUCUCCGGUGUCUUUCCAUCGAUUGUUAUGGUCGAAAUCCUCGCUUGCUUACCAGCCCGGUCUCCCGUCCAGUUCCGUUGUGUCUCCAAGUCGUGGCGUUCGCUGUUGUCUGAGCCGUACUUCAUGAUGAUGUGGUUGAAUCGCAGCGCGACUUCCCUCCUGGGCUACAAUUCGAGAUGCUGCAAUAAAUACCUUGUCCACGGUUUUGGCUAUGAGCCAAAUGCCUGGGACUGCAAGGUGGUGAGAAUUACUUACUCGCGUGGCUUUGCGAGGCCCGCUGAUUCUCCGAUAAGACCUUGGCUUGUUGAGGUUUAUAGCGUAGGCAAGGACACUUGGACGAGCCUGGGCAGGCCCAAUUUCACGUGGAUGAUUCAUGGCAAUUCGCGGGCAUUUGUUAAUGGGUCCACGCAUUGGCUCGCAGCGCCUACAAAGGAUGCACCUUACGACUCAAUUGUGGCCUUUCAUAUGGAGAAGGAAUCAUUUGGAGAAGUCAUCCAGCUGCCCCAACUGGAAAACCUCUCGCAAUUCUCUCUGAAUCCGAGAGGUAAAGCGACGCUCUCGGUGUCAUUCGGUUCGCUGGCAUUGAUUGCUUUCAGUUUAUGGAACCGAGAGGAAAGUGGCAUUUGGGUGAUGGAGGAGCACGGCGUGGCCAACACCUGGACCAAGCAGCAUCACAUUGUGCUACCGAUCGGGUCGACGGUCCAAGCAGCCUUGGGACUACCCAAGCAUGGCAAGAUUUUGCUUCGCACGGUUGAUGAGAAGUUGGUGUGUUGUGAUGUGGAGGAUGCGCAGAUCAGUGAGAUUGGAAUCCAGGGAGGCCACCCUGAGUCAUCUUUUGAUGUCAUUGAGUUUCAAGCAGUAUAG